UUGUACGAUUGGCUUCUGAAUUUUGAUCGAGAGUGGCAAGUCGUCUGGACCCGGAAGCUAACUGGAGCCAGCAUUCUGUACAUUCUGAACCGCUACGUCGGCAUCAUAGGUCAAGCCCUAUCGAUUGCAUGCCGCUUUGCCCAUCUACCCUGUACGGUAUGUGGCAUGUACUCGUCCUCGAUCGCAGCGUUCUCGAGCUUGCGGGUGUACGGGAUUUGUGGUCGUCAAUGGAAAAUACCACUUCUAGUGAUCAUCUUCGGUAUGGUCCCUGCAAUUUCAAAUUUAGUGAGUACAUACGUCCACCGAUUGAUGACGAUCUUUCAAUGCACCGCUGAUGCCUUAACCCUCGGCGCAACGUGGUGUUCUACUUAUCGCACGAGAAAGCUCGCCCGUGCUGUCAAUAUUAAACCAACCAUUUCCCAACUCCUGUUAAGAGAUGGUGAGCAUUGCUACUCUUGGGGCCCAUAA